ACAUUCUACUUCACUAAAACGUUGUUUUGCAUUGAACAGAAAAACACUGGGUGUUGUGAGGUGCUAAUAAGUGUGUUUCAGCGGGUACACGGGCAGCUGCAUGAACCAAAAUAAGCAUCGUACUUCCGGAAAGGGGCUGCCUCUUUCUGUAACGUUAUCAAAGAGUUUGCAGCUAGCUGAGUGCGUGUUUAAUGGGAACUAAGUAGUAGCUCCUCUGCUUGUAUGUUCUUAUUAUGUGGCUUGCAUUUCCAACAGCUGUUACUUCCACUUAAAUCACAGGAUUUAUACGGUGAAGGCAACCACCCAUUUUUGUUAUUAGAUUCAGCUGCACACUGAGAAAGUUAGCUUGACCUAGCUACGCUAGCCUGCUCUGGUUUAGUUGAGUGUUGCUAGUUAGCUUUCUGGCUAACGUUAGCUGGUCUCUGCCACAGCAAAGCGAACAGUGAUAGAUGGCGGCGCUAUUUUUAAGGCCGCAUUUUUUUUACUCCGUUUGUACCCGACUGUCACGAAUUGAAGACACACUGACACGCUCAUUUUUCAUUGUGGAAAGACUCAAAAAGAACAACAGGACAGUAUGGCCACCACUGUUGCUGUCAGUCCCAGUGAAUACCUUCAGCCUUCCUCAGCUUCCACACAAGACACCCAGCCCAGUCCUUUGGCGCUCUUGGCUGCCACCUGUAGUAAAAUCGGCCCUCCAGCUGCACAGGCUCCUGUUAGUUCCCCUGCACAACCGCAGCCUCGCAGACUCCUCCCCAUAAAGCCGGCUCCAAUCGCGCCUGCGCCACCCAAAAAUCUGGGAUUUCUGUCACCCAAGGGCAAUGUGAUCCUCGGCUCCGCAGCUCACGGCAACCCCAUUGUCCUCACUAUCCAGCAGAGUCCUGCUCGCAGCAGCACCUCAGCUCCUGCCAACAUCCAGUACCAGAUGGUGCCACAGAUUCAGGGCACCCAGACGAUCCAGGUGAUGCCACAGGGCGGUCAGAUCCAGCUCAUACCGGGUACCAACCAGGCCAUCAUAACCACACCCAUGACUGUUCCGGCCCCUGUGGCUGCCACUGCUCCGGUCACACCGCAGAAGACUGUAGCCAUCAAGCCCUGCCCUAAGUCACGCAAGCAACACAACUCCACUGCGAACAUUGUGCAACUGCCAGGUGGGCUCACACUGCCACUUAAUGUGGCGACCGGUGAAAUGGGUGGGACUCAGAUCAUCACAGAAACGGCUGCUGCACUCCCAAAUCCUGGAAAGGGAAGACGUGGGAGGAAAAAGAAAUUGGUUGUGGCGACGCUGCCUCAACAUCCUCCUGCACAGGCUGCCUCACCACCCCCAGAGCAGAUGGAGGCCUUUGUGAUAGAAGCCGGAGACAACAUCAUUCAGGCUGGUAACAACCUGCUAAUUGUGCAGAGUCCUGGACAGCCAGCAGUGGUGCAGCAGGUGCAGCUGGUCCAGCCCAAACAUGAAUCUCAGAUGGUUCAGAUCCCACAGCAGGCGCUGAAGGUGGUGCAGGCCGCCUCCGCCACGCUGCCGCCCGUCCCACAGAAACAGUCGAACCUGCAGGUCACCACAACAGAACCAUCACCAACACAGCUCAUCUUCAAAACAGCACUGGGCGAGUGGCCAUCAGUUCUGCUCCAGGACUCCAUCUCCACAGCAACCCCAACCAUGUCAGUCGCCAGCACCACGACUUCGCCACCAACAAGCGCCAAAAAGAUGCCAGCAGGGGGGAGGAAGGAAAGGACUCUGACAAAAAUUGCCCCAGCGGGGGGGAUGAUAACGCUGAAUACGUCGCAGCUUCAAUCUGCAGCCCAGGCAGUGCAGACCAUCAGCAUCAAUGGGGUCCAAGUUCAGGGUGUUCCUGUCACCAUCACCAACGCAGGGGGCCAGCAGCACCUGACAGUGCAGACCAUGCAGGGAGGAGGACUCCAGCUGGCUGCCGCACAGGGGCAGCCGACUAUCCAGGUCGACCAGACCCUCACUCUGGAGCUGCCUGGUCAGCCCGGAGAGAAGAAGCGACGCAUGGCCUGCACCUGCCCCAACUGUAAGGAUGCAGACAAGAGGCCCGGGGAAGUAGGGAAGAGGAAGCACAUCUGCCAUGUCCCUGGCUGUGAAAAGACAUUCAGGAAAACGUCACUGCUGCGAGCUCACGUCCGGCUGCACACCGGCGAGAGGCCUUUCGUCUGUAACUGGGUUUUCUGCGGGAAGCGAUUCACGCGCAGCGACGAGCUGCAGCGCCAUGCUAGGACACACACAGGAGACAAGCGCUUUGAGUGCAGCCAGUGUCAGAAACGUUUCAUGAGGAGCGAUCACCUGACAAAGCAUUUUAAGACACACAUAAACACCAAGAACCUGUGAGUGGAAUGUAUACUGAGUGUAAACCCAGAUAAACUCUGAGACUCAAGACGGGUUAGAGGAAGGAGAAGCAGAGGGAGUGCCUGUGACUUGUCCCAUAAUGGGAAAUACUCCAAAAAACAGUCCCUGUAUCUCCUCUCACUCUUUGAAGAGUGUGGUGUACAAAGAAAACCCUUCCUCCUGGUGAACUCCAAACUUGCUCAGCAAAUUUAUUAAUAAUAGAUUAUUUUUAUUUGCUUUUCCCACUGGUCUGAGUGGAGGCCACAAACCGCUUUUGCUGAACUUGUAAGAUGAAGACAUGGGCAGGUUUCAGAUGCAGAUGCUUAAAUCUGCUUACUUAUUCAUGAACAUCUCUUGCAGAAGAACAUACACAGAGAUCUGACAUCACAGGUGUCGACACCCGAGACCACAGAAAUCCACACACACUUAAAACAGUUUCCAUCUCUUGCUUCUCCUAAACCAUGCCGCUUUUUGUUUUGUUUGUCAUGGAACGUCAAAAGCUCCCAGAUACUGGCAGUGAAGAACCAAAAAAAUUACAUAUUUUAUGAAUUGACCAGAAAAAGGUGUGUUUAUAUCAUUUGAAUGGUAAUUUUAAGUUAUUAACAGCUGUUUAAUCCCCAAACAUUUGUGGCUAUAAUAUAAAAACAAGAAAAAGGUACUAUUAUACAUAGUAUUGAUAUUAAAAACAAACUAUUUAUCAUGUAUUUCCAUAUUUUUUAUUCAAAAUGAAUUAAAAAAAAAAAGUACAUGUAAAAAAAAAAAGACAAAAUUAGAAAAGUUGAAAACAAUAGGUGCAAUAUAGCAUCAUGUAGUCUGAGAUAAAGAACUAAUCAACAACAUUACAGGAUCAGUUCAAAAGCGCUGUGCCUGAAACAUUAACAUUUUAAAGUAAAUUUACAAACAAACAUGCCACAAGCCAAGAGCAGCUGGUUUCAGGAUCAUAUUGUCAGUAGUGAAGUGCAUAAGUCUUAAAGGAAAAGAGUGUUGGUGGAAAUCAAAAACAUGGCUGCAACUACCAGAUAUAUAUAGUCUAAAUUAUCAUCUAAACCUCAAAAUGACUUUUCAUAAAUUAAUUUAAAGAGGAGCAAAGAAAUAAAAGAAUAUUAGUUUUCAAGAAGCUGGAGUCACACAAAUUGGACUAUCAAAACAAUUAAAAGAAGAAAUAACUGAAGGACUUAAUUGGGUAAAUAAUGGAAGACCUUGGAUUGAUCCUUGUGGAGCUCCAGGUAUAAGAGAAUUCAAAAAUGUGCCUCCAAUAGCAAAUCUUUCAAGGGAUUAUGAGGUGAAAGCUGUGUUCAGGUGUAGUAAAGCCACAAGUAACAUAUUUGUAAUGUGAUGGAAUUCUGGUUAUCAAAGACAUGGCGGAACAUUCAAGUAAAAAUGCACACCGUCUAGUAAUCAAUGAGAUUUUUUCUCAUCAAGUGCAGCAGAUUGUGCAGACAAUAAGGUCAGGACAAUGUCAAAGGAUAAUGAUGAUUCCACCUGUGAAGCUACAUCAUGUGUAACCGCCUGAAAUUCUCUGUCAAACACUCUGUCAGACGCUUGUAUUUCCUGUGUUGUCAAGGGCGACACGCUGGAGUUGAGUCCUGUAAAAAUGUGUUUUAUAAAAAAAGAAAGGUCCAAAAUGUUUCAUGAAGAUUAAAUGAUGGGAAGAGCCUAUCUCCUGGUGAACCUGGCCGCUACCACAACAUGGUACGCUUACAAAGCAAAAUAUUACUGUGGUACUAUAAUAUAAUGACUGUGGCCACAUCACAAUACUCAUCAAACAUAUCACAUAAUUCCUAAACAUUAAACAUUUUUCUAUACGGCUGAUUGUGUUAACACAACGUUUAUGGUUAAUAUUUGAUUAAACUUGACUUCUUUUGCUAACUAAAAAAAAAAAGCUUUUGUUGUUGUGGUAAUUACAGUAUAUUCUAAACAUGUUUAUACUUAAAAAAAAAAAAGGUGAACAUUUUGGUACCUGUACCAAAGCCACCCAGGUGUCUUCUUACUCCUUGUGUACUACUAACAAACGAUCAAACGAAACUCCAGGGUAAUAAUCUCAUAUUCUGCUCUGUCACAGUAUAGUUUUCAUUUGGCCAUUUGUAGCCUAUGCAUUGCUGUAAAUAUGACCUGAUUUACACUUUAUUGGUUUUUUAUUCGGCCUAACUUGACAAUCAUGUCACAAGAUGCAAAAAAAAAUAAGAAAAAAGCUUUCUCAGGCAUUUGAUCAGUUUCCUUGUACAUUAUAUUAUUAUUAUUAUUUUUUAAUUUCCAGCUCUAAUGUCAUAGCUUUAAUUCUGAAUUUAAACUGGACAUACUGAUGACCAGCAGUAGGACCUACUGUGCAGUACUAUCAUGAUAUAAUGUCACUGUACUGACCUUUUGCCAGCAGCUCAUCAGUCAGUUUGAAGGAAGAUUCUCAUUCAGACUCAUUUGAUCAGCUUUUUUCGGUCAAAUUAGCUCUGUGCCAUCAAACAGCCACCAGCUGAACUGUCGCUGUGGCUCGUUCUGAUACUGUGACAUGAGUAAUCGAUGGUGGCUUUUCUCAACACUGUCCAACUAUGACUUCCGCUCUGUAUUCAACAGAGACAUUUGACCAAACAAAGCUCAAGUCAAGUCAGAUUCACAUUUCUUUGUAAAGCACUUAGCGCCAGUUUUGUGAUGUGUUUCACAGCCAGUGGGAGACAGAUGAUGGUGUAAAGCUUAGGUGGCCAAUAUUUGGUGUAUUUUUCUAACAGUGUGUCUGAACGAAAUGCCAUCAUACCUUUGGAAUAGAUAGAAAGACCCCUGCUCAUAUUUAUGUUUGUAUUUCAUGUCUAAAGAUGUAAAUACAGUGUAUGGCUGUUUGACACGGUAAAUGUAGGAUAUACAAAAAAAAAGCGAGAGUUAAAGCUGCCUAGUGUUGUGGUUGGCCUGACCAGCCCUGAAGAAAAUGGUCUUUGUACAGUGUUUGAGGAAUAAAAUAUUAUGUGACAUUGUAUAGCUUCAUUACUGCUUUAUAUAGAUCUCUUAGAUCUUUUUUUUUCUAUUGAAUUUAAGAUGCCUUAGCUAGCUGCGCCCAGUAUUUAAUGAUGUUCCUGUCUCUAAUUCCAGGUUACAACAUUUGUAAAAUUCCUUUUGUGUUUUUAACUUAUGUUACAUGCUAACGUCAUGUGCACUAAUUCAAACCCACAGGUUCCAAAAUUUGUAAAUUUAACCUCGAUUGUAAUUAAAUGUAAUAAGAUUUUCAAAAGUAAGACAUUUCUCUCGAUCUAUUUCUGUGGGUUAAGUGCUUCUUUUUCUCCGAAGCAUCUGUGUCAUAUCACUUUUGAGGAGAACCAGCAGUUUAUUUUCUAACUUUUACGAAGGUGCUUAAACAUGACGUUUGCUCCUUUUCUACAGUCACCACCUCAAUAAAUAACUCCAAACUA